AGGACCACCAGUGCCGGUCCCUGCUGCGGCGAGAGGUGGGCCAGGAGGCGGACGUCCGCUCGCCCUGGCGGGGGCCCUCGACGUCACCCUGGGUGCCACCCCAGCCCCACGUCGACAAGCUGUGGCGCCAGUGGGUGUCGCCCAACGCGGUCGCCGCCGCGGGCCAGCCAGCGCUGGCGGCCGGCGGGCGCGGCCGCUCGCGCUUCGCGCGCCACCUUGCGGCGAGCACGUGGUCGUCCUCCCUGGCGGCGGGCGGCGGGCUCUGCCUGGUGCUGGUGUGGGUAUGCUGGCAACGACAGCCUUCGGCUUGGCCACGUCCCGCGGGCGCGCUGGGCAACGCCAGGGAACUGGAGCGCCCCUGGUCCGCGACCGCGCUCGUGUGGCGGAGGUACGGCGGCGACGCUGGCGUCGACCACGGCUGCCGCGGCGCGCUGGACCUGGCCAUCGACGCCCCGAGCGGCGUCCUGGCGGCCCCGGCCGCCUCGGAGGACGAGUGCAAGCGCAAGUGCACGGACAUGGGCCUGGACGAUUGCACAGGCAUAGAGUACCACCACGGCGCGGAUAACCGCUGUCUGCUCUGGAGCCAGCCCGUGAAGGGCAUUGUCGUGAGGAAGGGGGCCUCCUGCCUGGUGCGGGCCCCCUCGGGCAGCUUCACCGUGGAGGACGCGUGCACAACAAGUUCAACCAUCAGUCCGAAAGCGACAUGUGCGGCGGACACCGCGUGCGGGGCGCCGGACGCCGUGCAUGCGGAGGUCGGCAUUUCGCCCGAGAGCUGCCAGUCCCUGUGCCUGACCACGCUCCGGGCCAGAUGUGUAGCGGUCGAGCACGACAGCAAGACGGGCGGCUGCAAGAUCUUCGACGAGCCCACCGGUGGAGGGCACGCGGCCCUCGGAGUGACCUGCUCCAGGUUCGAGCUGGGCGCGCCUGGCGAGAGUUCUUCGUCGACCACAGUGACAACAAGUUUGACAUUGACAACGUCUCAUCGAAUAGCGGCGAACAACUCGAGGAACGGGGCGACAGAAGACACUACGGUGACUUCUGCGACCACUGCGACCACUGCGACCACCACAUCUACCGCCAUCGAGGUGUGCCAGCAGCCGACCGAGGGGGGCUCUUGCUACAGCAACGUGCUGUCCACCAUGCGGGUCGCGAAGCAGAUGUCGCCCGACGCCCGCCCCAAGGGUCUCCUCGGCAAGGGCGGGGCUUGCGCAGGCCUCCUCACCUCGACCAGCUUCGAGACCUUCCAGGCCUGCCUGCACACUGCGCCCGACUUCGGCUGCGACGCGCCCUGCCCCUGCCACACGGCACAGCCAGGAGAGCGCUGCUACCAGACCGUGGUGUGGGUGAUGAACCAGGGCAUUGCGCAGCGCCCGGAUUGGUACCCAGGUCUCGGGCCCGGGUCGUCUUUCGAAGAGAUCCAGGACUUCUUGUACCGGGACGGCACGGGCAACUCCAGCUGCGACGAGAGGC